UAUUUUUAUUUUUUACAGUGAACAGAAAUCAUGGUGGACUUUCUCAGCACAGUUGAAUAUGACUACAAUGAUUCAGUGGAAAUACCGAGCCAGUCCCCAGUCCUUUAUAAGACGUAUCAGAUGAGGACUGGCAUUAGAUUCAUGUAUGUGGCAGUGUACUCAGCCACCAUUUGCCUGGGUCUACUGCUCAACUCUGCUGUCAUUUUUAUGACUGUGAAAUGCAGAUCUAACGAGAAACUGAGUCAGUCGACGUUGAUCAUGGGCCUGGCUGUUACCCACCUUGUAUUAUGCCUCUUCACCCCAAUCUACCUGAUCACUGCCUGGAACUACUUCUCCUGGACAUUUGGAAAUGUUGUCUGCAAGCUGGGGUCCUAUGUUAUUUCCAUGAACAUGUUCUCCGCCUCUUUAAUGAUCACCUUCUGGAAUGUGUGUUGUUAUGUCCCAGUCUGCUGUGAUCACCACAUGUCCACAAACAUGGUCCUGCUAUCCUGGAUUGCUGGGGCCAUACUGAGCACCCCUUCGUUACUGUCCAGGGAGGUUCAGUACACUGCUGAUGGAUGUGCCUGCCUCGACAAAUAUGAUUACAUUGAACAUCUCCAGAUCUUUAAAGGGGGAAAGGAUAGAAUGAUGGCAGUUGUAUUCUCUCGCUUCAUUUUCGGGCUGCUGCUCCCUCUGGGUGUGACCUGGCUCAGUUGCUGCUGCACGAACAACAGGCGAAGCUACCAAGUGAACUCUCUGAUUCGACCUGUGACGGUUGCCCAUUUCCUUUGCUGGGCUCCUGUCAUCUGCCUCACGGUGUUGCAAGUGGGGAGCAACAGAGUCUGGUUCAUAUACGCAUUGCCUCCAGCAAAUGCCCUGUCUGUCUUAAACAGCUGCAUAUGCCCUGUCAUCAGCAUAUGUAAGGGAAAGAUGGAACUGAACUCUCUUGCACAAGACCCUCAUAUAGAGGAGAACAGAGAGGAGGAUGAGGAGAUGUCUUCACUGGCAUAAAGACGAAAAGAAGGGAUUUAAUAUGUACUACGGGGGAGCCCCAUCUAGCCUUUUCGGUGCCCUAGGGAAUUUUGUCACUCAUUAAUGGACUUAAUGCACAAUAUGCAUGAACCGUAGUGCUAAUGUAUAUUUAAAGACAUUGUUUGGUAUGUAUUAAUGAUGGUUGAUAUACUGUAGUGUGUGUGUGGCCAGUUUUCAAGACUGUGUAUAAUGGCCUUUGGGUAUUAGGUGUUUGGGAGAACUUGGGCUAAAGACGAAUUACAAGGAUGGCAGCAUUCUAUCAAGGAUGGUCUGGUCUGUACUAGUAAUAUUGGGAAUGUAAUGAGGUGUUGAAUGAUUAGACACUGUUUAAAUACUUUGCUGUGACAUUUAUAGUUUGCAUGGAUUAAAUA